AUGGGAGUGAUGGUGGUGUUUGAGGAUGAGGGUGCAUUCGACUACAAGUGUUUUGAUAUCGGUUAUAUCGGUGUUGGCAUCAGUGUUGGUAUUGGUGUAGACGGUGGCGUGGGCAGUGGGAAUUUGCCUCGGACUCUAAUUCCAACUUCGACCGUGUCUGGAAGGCAAACUAAGAUGCAGCCAAGAGAUUUGAUGUACAUCUAA